AUGAAGAGAUACCACCUAGAUAUACUUGGAAUAAGCGAAUGCAGAUGGACAGAUUCUGGAAAAAUCAGAACCCAGACAGGUGAAAUGAUACUGUAUUCUGGAAGAAAAGAUAACCAUCACAGUAAUGGAGUUGCUAUUGCUAUAUCAAAGGAGAAAGCCAAGACAUUAUACGAAUGGGCACCCAUUAACGACCGUAUCAUAACUGCCAGGUUCUGGUCAAACUAUAUAAAAACAACAUUAAUACAAGUGUAUGCACCUACCAAUGAUGCAGACGAGGAAUCAAAAGAUAAUUUUUACGAACAACUACAGGGAGUCAUAGACAACACUCCACGCCAUGAUAUUAUAAUUCUAACUGGCGAUAUUAAUGCAAAAGUAGGUAACAAACAGGAAGGAGAGGAUGGAAUUGUUGGAAAGUAUGGUUUACACUCGGAAAGGAACGAUAAUGGAGAAAGAUUUGCAUCAUUUUGUGCCAUCAACAACUUGGCAAUAUCUUCAACAAUGUUUAAACAUAAAGACAUACACAAGCAGACAUGGACUUCACCAAAUGGUGAACACAAGAACCAGAUAGACCAUGUAGCAGUCAAUGGGCGCUUUAAAAGAUCUGUAUUGGAUGUCAGAGCACAACGAGGUGCAGAUGUCGGAUCUGACCACAAUUUAGUCAUCACAAAAGUAAUGCUUAAACUGCACAAAAUAGGAAAGAAACCAAUAUCUUCAACAAGAUUCGAGACAUGCAAACUUAAGGUACCAGAAGUUCGGAAACAAUUCCAAAUAGAACUGAGGAAUAGAUUUAAUGCACUCAGUGAAGACAACACCAUAGGUCCCAAUCCUGAUGAUAUAGAGGAAAGAUGGAACAACAUUAAAACUGCAUAUAAUGAAACUGCCAUAAACGUACUUGGCUAUAGAAAAAGGAAAAACCAGGAAUGGAUAAGCCAGGGCAGUUGGAAAAAGGUAGAAGAGAGGCGAGUUCUUAAAUUUGCAUCAGUCUCUCAUAAAUAUGCUUCAUGA